GCGCAGCAGAGCACCGCCCUCCGACACUGGACGCCGCUGCACAGAGGAGCCGCCGCCUGCCAGGCGUCACAGACCAGGAGUCAGGACCCUGCUCGACGGAGCUCACCGGGGGCAAAGGGAGGGAGAGAGACACUGGAGCGGCCGGAGACAUGAGACUGGGCAUGACGGUGCGGGCCAAGCCGAGGGUGUAGCCACAUCUGGCAGAGAGUGCUGGAGUAAGCAAGAGUCUGAGCACAGCGAGCCAUCGACUGCAGCAGGGAAGAUGGGAGAGACGGAGGAGGAGAGGGAUAAUGUGGGGAAGCAGUUUGAGAACUUUGUCCAGGCCUCGACCUGUAAAGGAACCCUUCAGGCCUUCAACGUCCUCUGCAGACGGCUGGACCUCGACCCCGCAGACAGCGGCACCUUCUACAGCAGCCUGAAGGCAAAGGUCACCUCCUGGAAGGCCAAAGCACUGUGGAGUAAGCUCGACAAGAGGAUGUCCCAGAAGGAGUAUGAGAAAGGACAAGCCUGUGUCGGCACCAAGUGCCUCAUCAUCGGAGGAGGUCCCUGCGGCCUGCGGACCGCCAUCGAGCUCGCUCUGAUGGGAGCCAAAGUGGUGGUGAUUGAGAAGAGGGACUCCUUCUCCAGGAACAAUGUGUUGCACCUUUGGCCCUACACCAUCCAUGACCUGCGGGGCCUCGGAGCCAAAAAGUUCCACGGCAAAUUCUGCGCCGGGGCCAUUGACCACAUCAGCAUUCAGCAGCUGCAGCUGAUCCUACUGAAAAUCGCGCUCAUCGUUGCGGUCGAGUUUCACAUCAACGUGGAGUUCGUCAAGCUGCUGGAACCUCCAGAGGAUCAAGGAAAUGAAGGGCUCGGAUGGAGGGCUGCAAUCCGACCUGCUGAUCACCCUGUGGCUAACUUUGACUUUGAUGUCGUGGUGGGGGCUGACGGACGCAGGAAUACUCUGGAAGGUUUCAAAAGGAAGGAGUUCAGAGGUAAACUGGCAAUCGCCAUUACAGCUAACUUCGUCAACAGGAACACCACAGCAGAGGCCAAAGUAGAAGAGAUCAGCGGUGUGGCCUUCAUCUUCAACCAGAAGUUCUUUCUGGACCUCAAAGAGGAGACAGGCAUCGAUCUGGAGAACAUUGUGUACUACAGGGACAACACGCAUUACUUUGUCAUGACUGCCAAGAAACAGAGCCUGCUGGACAAGGGAGUUGUCAUCAACGAUUACAUAGACACCCAGAUGCUGCUGUGCAGUGAAAAUGUCAACCAGGAAGCUCUUCUGUGCUACGCCCGAGAGGCUGCUGACUUUGGCACCAACUACCAACUUCCGACGCUUGACUUUGCCAUGAACCACUGCGGGCAGCCGGAUGUUGCAAUGUUUGACUUCACGAGCAUGCACGCCUCGGAGAACGCCGCUCUGGUCAGGGAUCGGUUUGGACACCAGCUGCUGGUGGCGCUGGUCGGUGACAGUCUGCUGGAGCCUUUCUGGCCAAUGGGGACGGGUUGCGCCAGAGGCUUCCUGGCUGCCUUUGACACAGCCUGGAUGGUGAAGAGCUGGGCUCAGGGUCGGACAGCUCUGGAGGUGCUGGCAGAGAGAGAGAGUAUUUACAGGCUACUUCCACAGACGACACCCGAAAACAUCGGCAAAAACUUUGAACAGUACACCAUAGACCCUGGAACUCGAUACCCCAACCUCAUCUCCUCCUGUGUCAGGCCACACCAGGUCCGUCACUUGUACAUCAGUGGAGAGCUGAACUCCUGCUCUCUGGAGCGUGCUGCUACCAUACGACGGCCUGUCAAUGUCUGCAGACGAGAGUCAGAGAUCAGACCGACGAGGCUUCUCACCUGGUGCCAAAAGCAGACGGAGGGCUACAGGAAUGUGACGAUUACAGACCUGACGUCUUCGUGGCACAGUGGCCUCGCUCUCUGCGCCCUCAUCCACCGGUUCAAACCUCAGCUGAUAGAUUUUGACUCAUUAAAGGAAGAAGACCAUGCUGCAAACCUCCAGCUGGCUUUUGACAUCAGUGAGCGGGAAUUUGGAAUCCAAUCAUUCACGUCUGCGAAGGAGCUGAGUGCUGUUGAGGAGCUGGAUAAGAGCAGGAUGAUCACCUACCUGUCCAAGUUCUACGAGCUCUUCCGUGGAACACCUCUACCUGCAUCAGGUGCUCUAUUUGACCCUCCUCUGCCAUGGUCCAGAGGAGUGGACGAAAACAACGAAGAUUAUCCAUCGAAGGAAGUCAGAAGUAAAAAUAAUGUGCUCAAUACUGCAGUGCCCAGGAAACGGGUCCCAAGGGAUGAAAAGAGGUCAGACGGUACAGACCCUACUCACAAAAGGAGGCGAAAGUUCUGUUAUUUCGAGGAGGCCACCAACCUGUCCAGUAAUGGCUCCUCGGUGCGAGAGGGGCGGGAUCCUAAGGAAAAUAAAGUGCGCUCAAUGGCUACUCAGCUGCUGGCCAAAUUUGAAAACAAACCCAGCAGCACAGUCCGCAAAACACAGUCGGAUUGUGAGAGGUCGUCCCUGCUGCAAACUCUUGACCUGACUGAGAGUCUGCACAUAAAGCCCAGGCCUCUGGUCCCUCCCAAACCUCCACCUGAGAUACAGUUUGAAUUGAGCGUCAGAAAAGCAUCAGAGCAGUUAGUCCGCCUGCCGCCAAAGACUCUGCCCAAACCCCGUCUCCUGCAGCCUCAGUCCCAGCAUCCAUUUUCCACAGUGAAGCUCAGACACGUUGAUCAAACACACGCUGAGACGCAGCCCCAGCCUCAGCCUGGGAGUGCAGACCCCCCUGCUUCUUCCUCCUCCCGCCACUCCGCAAUCCAGUUCAUGUCAAGAAUUCUCCACCGCCUCAGGGAGGUGGACGAACACGUCUCUGAGAAAAAAGCUCAGACACAACAGACUAGAGAGUUCCACACAAAGAGUAUAAAGGAAAAAGCUGUGCACCUUAGUGAGAUGUUCUCAGGAGACUCUCGGGAGGGAGUUCUCCUCAAGGGCGGCUCAGUACGACGGGCGUUUCCCCAGUCGGGUGACAAGUGUCACUCCUGCGAGAGGCGCGUUUACAUGGUGGAGAGGGUCUGUGCCGACGGACUGUACUUCCACAGGGAGUGCUUCCGCUGUUCGACCUGCAGCUCAGCUUUGCGACAGGGAGCGCACGCUUUCGACUCUGAACUGGGGAAACUGUUCUGCAAACUUCACUUUGAUCAACGUAACAAUGGGACUAAUCUACGGAGGAAUUUCUCUCUGCGCUCCAUUGAUCAUGCAGUUGCAGUUCAGGAGCGGUGUGUCGCUGACGAAGAAAGCUCCCCGUCCAGCAGCGCGGCAGACCUGCCGAGUCAGCCCGCAGCAGCUGGAGCCUGUUGUGUGUGACACAACUGGGCGGUUUGGAGAAGUGACAUUUUGAAGAAGCUGCCACACGAGAGCGAUGUCACCUCCUCCACUCAGGACUGAGAAUCGCAGCAAAACUUUUCACACUGAGUGAUAUUGAUGAUCAUAUUGUAUAGAUUGUAAUUAAUGGUGAGUUGUUGAAAGUGCGUAAUCAUUUUUUUCUGUGGUUUUCAUUGCUUUUUAAUCAAUAAAUGGAUGUUGUUACUGACAUCUCAACAUUGAUUCUCAGAUGGACAUUUUUUAGCUGAUUCAGUUUCAAGACCUUACAUUGACAGUAAACGAUAUAUGUAUAAAUAUGAGGGUUUUUUUACCAAAGCAAAUAUUUUAAAUAAAAAAAUAUAUUAUCUGCAAUGCAAUUCCAUAUAAAAUGUUUUUUCUACAGUCUAAUAUUUAAAAGAAAGGAUCCAAUCAGGAAAAAAAAUCCCCCACAUGCUGUUAUCACAAACUCUUCAGGAAUUUGACUGUCGUGGAUGAACUUAACCAAAAUACUGCUCAGUAAAAAGAAGAAGUGUUAGACAUUCAAACUAAAGAAAAAUCCUUGACUGUAAAAAUGCUGGUUCUCAAGUCUGUGUCGCUUGCUCAGUUAAUUAAACAUUCUAGUUUGGGUUUUUUUAUAUCAAAGACAAGAGAAAGGCUGAUGGAGUCCAAGCAAUUCUUUUUGAAUUACUUUAUUACUGGAAUAUAUUUUUAUAAACUUUAGAGGGCGAGAACAAAUUCUCCAUCUAAUGUUGAAAGAAAGAAAGGUGUAAGGGUACUAAUCCAACACAGUGGACAAGGAGGUGCCAUCACAUGAGAACCCAAAAUGUCAUUUAGAGCAGGUUGUACUUAUUUUUGGUUCAUUUUCUGGUCCAGCACUGAAGCUGCUGUAGAGUUGUGCACCAUGUCUUUUUAAGGAAUAGCCUCAGACUGCACUCAUCACUGUUGAUUUCUUUCUGUAUGUUGUAUGUUGUUGUGAUAUAGGUGUACGAUAUGCACUGAUGCUUUUACACAAAUAUAAAUGAAGUUACUAUUUGAAUUUAUUUGAAUAUGUACUAUAAUAAAUGUUAUCUUCAAAUACUGGGCACAUAAAACUGCUUUGACACCUGUCCCUGUUGCUGGGAUGAGGGUACGGCGCCACGUUACCCAGCAGAAAACACAAUUGAUGCCAAAGGCAAAAGGCAAAGUCCUCUGCGAAGUUUGUUUUCUUCGGAACAAUAUAGUCCAUGUGCUUUUGCAAGAUACUGUGCGACUGUCAGAGGGAUGAGGACAGGUCCUCCAGGCUGAGCUGAUUGGUUGUCUGGGAUGAAGGGUCCUGUAUCAGAAAUGAACAAUCUGUCAAGUGUGGGCACAUCCUAUAUCGUUGUUAUACAGAUCACAGAGAGUACGUGUGAAUAGCAGCUGAUCUGAAUGCAUCUUAAACUGUUAAAAACUGCAUUGAGUGUUAGUUUCACCAGGACUCGCAGCAGGUGGAGUGAAAACUCCACUACCAAUCCACUCCAGCAGGUGGUGCUGUGAAUAUAUCUCAAUGUAAUCAUGUAGAAAGAAGGAGUGUGUAUGUGUGUGUGUGUGCGUGUGUAGUUAAUACCUGUUUAUGAAUGAAUAUGCGUGUGUGUGAGUGUGUGAGUGUGUGUGUGUGUGUGUGUGUGUGUGUGUGUGUGUGUGUGUGUGUGUGUGUGUGUGUGUGUGUGAGAGAGAGAUGACUUUCAUAAACACAGGCAAAGCAUUGUUAUUGGUAAAUGACAGAAGGGUGCUGCUGCUGCCUCUGCAACUGAAGAAAUAUGACAUUGAGAGUUUUGUGAAACAUCACAAUUUGAGCCCAAAAUACAACAUUGUGGUGAUUUCGGAUUACUAUUACUCUGCAGAUUUAGAGUGGAAUGCACCACAGGCACAUUGUCAGCUGCCUCCACAGAGAUGCGUUUAACAAAUGAACCGUCUUGGACAGGUUGACAUUUGUGAAAUAUUCAGUAGACUAUGUAGCUAUCACAUUAAUUAUCCCCUAAAUAAUUACUUCUUAUCUUGGAACUGUGGAAAUGUCUGUGUAUUCAACAGUUUAUGUUUUUACUUUCACAGCAUCAGAUAUAUUCUUUUUGAACAGAGAGUUGAAACAUCAGCUCCAACAGAGAUAUUUCUGCUUCGUGCGAUGUCUGUAACCUUAUCGUUGCCAGUUUCCUCCUGUCUGCUUAUAGUCUGUUUAUGGUCAGCACGUAAAGAGAUUAGUUUGUGCAGAAGUUUCCUUGACUUGAUACAGAAGAAAAAACAUCCUGAUUGACAAUGUCUGACAUGACAGACUAACCAGAGAAAAGGCUUCAGUGAUUUAUCUUAUAUGGGUUUUUAUUUUCCACCAAAAGGUUCAAAUAC